AUCAGAGCCCAGAUUUAAGUUUCAGUCGUCCUGCUCACAAUGUUUUCCAAACAUCAGCGAUUUCAAGGCAUCAAGAGAAACUACAGCCCAGAGACUGUAGAAAAGCUUCGAGGUUCGUUCAAAAUCGAUUACUCUUUGUCGAAGCGAGGAGCCAUAAAACUCUGGGAACUUUUGACUCGCGGAGGGAAUUCUUACGUGAAUGCUUUAGGAGCUCUCACGGGUGGACAGGCCGUUCAGAUGGCCAAGGCCGGUUUAAAAGCCAUCUAUCUAAGUGGAUGGCAAGUUGCCGGUGAUAACAAUUUAGCUGGGCAGACUUAUCCCGAUCAAAGCCUGUAUCCUGCAAACUCUGCUCCAAAACUGGUAGAGCGUAUUAAUAAUGCGUUUAUCAGGGCAGACCAGAUUGCGCACAUGGAAGGCACAGACAAACACAUUGACUACUUUUUGCCAAUCGUUGCGGAUUGUGAAGCUGGAUUUGGAGGCCCAUUGAAUGCAUUUGAACUCACCAAGUCCAUGAUUGCAGCAGGUGCAGCUGCUGUUCAUUUUGAAGACCAGUUGGCUUCGGAAAAGAAAUGUGGUCACAUGGGAGGAAAAGUGUUAGUACCCACACAACAAUUUGUGAAGGUCCUCAAUGCUGCACGAUUGGCUGCUGAUGUUCUGGAUGUCCCUAUUGUGAUUGUUGGUAGGACUGAUGCCAACUCUGCUGCUCUUGUCACCUCAGAUAUUGACCCAUAUGACAGGCCUUUCCUGACUGGAGAACGAACACCAGAAGGAUUCUUCCGUGCCAAGACAGGCUUAGACCAAGCCAUUGCAAGGGGCUUAGCUUAUGCACCAUACUGUGAUGUCCUGUGGUGUGAAACUGGAAAGCCAAACCUUCAAGAAGCAAGAAGAUUUGCUGAAGCCAUUCAUGCACGCUAUCCUGGAAAAAUUCUGGCGUAUAACUGUUCACCUUCAUUCAACUGGAGGGCCAACCUCAGUGAUGCAGAAAUUGCUGUCUUCCAAAGGGAAUUGGGUAAAAUGGGAUACCGCUUUCAGUUUGUAACCUUAGCUGGCUUUCACUCUCUCAAUCAUGCCAUGUUCAAGCUUGCACGAGACUACAGAGACAAUGGCAUGUCUGCCUACACCAAGAUUCAAGAAGACGAGUUUGCACAGGCCAAGAAUGGUUUCACUGCUCACAAACAUCAGAGAGAAGUUGGAACAGGGUAUUUUGAUCAAGUUUCCAUGGCAAUCAGUGGAGGAACCAGCUCAACAACAGCUCUCAAAGGCUCCACGGAAGAAGAACAAUUUACUCAAAAAUCAGCAUAUGCAAUGGCCAAACUUUAAGCCUCUCUUGACAUUAGAAUUAAUCUUUGAUCUUUUUAGCAACUGCAGGAACUUUAAAUUUCACUUAGUUUAAUUUGAUUUGGUUAUGGUUUAUGAGUGUAGACAUAUUUUACCCUUUACACCCUGGCAUCAGUAUGUAUAUUCUCAAUAUUCUUCUCUGCACAAAUCUUAAGGAGCUGAUAAGGAGAAUUUGUUUAACAAUCAAGAGCUUUGUAAUAGUUGGUGAUUAUUUCCCUUAUUCUUGUGACCUUAAUGUUUGAUUCAAGGGUGAUCUUGUAAGGAGAAUUUAAAUGCUUGUCACUCUUAGAGCUUAAAGGGUUAAGUGUAUUUGAAUACUGUUUUGUGCUACUUUGGCACCCCAUCUGAUAUUAACUUGUGUUCUUGUAAAAACAAGGAAUGACUUUGUGUUGGAUGUAAAAAUUUACCUUCAGCUUCACUGAAAUUGGAAACAAAACAUCAAUUCUUAUCAUAAAAUUCCUCAAUAUAAAUAGGACUAUUUUACAAUUAUUUAUUUUGCAAGUUUUUAUGAGUAACUUAUUAUAAUUUUAAGUAGAAAGACAUGACCAUAACUUAAUUUGGAAAUGUAACUUGCCCUUCCCACCAGUUACUGCCUUUCAUGAGGAGGUUAAUGCAAUUGUUUAUUUGUAAAUUGAGGUGAGCCAUUUGGGAUUUAGACAUUUGCAAAUUUGCUAUUACUGGUGUUGUUUGUCACAUGAAGACUAUUUUGUCAACAAUACUUUAGGGUCAUUGUGCCACACUUUAGACUCAUUUCAGUUGGUGGCCAUUUAGCCAAACCCAAGCUAGUUUUUUUCUAAUAAGUUAAUGGAGCAGGUUACAGAGCAAUAGCUGUUUUUCCUAAAUCAUUGAUCACUGAUAUACUCAUUUGGUGUCCAGUUUUUAUCAUUCAAUCACAAGUACUUCAAACAUGUCAAAUAAACUCCAAAGUCUUUUUUUGGAGGAAAACAAACCAAAUCGUGCAAUUUAGCAGAUCUCAGUUAUUCAUAGUGCAGGUUUCACUUGAAAUUGAGAUAAGUGAAGGAAUGAUAUGACAACAAGUGAGAGAUGAGAUUUGUCAGAAAUAAAAAAACAAAACAAAACAAGCAAUCAAGGAAAGAGGUAAAGUUUACCAAAACAUUGCUAAAAUAAUUCACUCUUGGUUACCUUUUCCCUAGUCUAAUACACUAUGGUUUAGCAAAUACCAGUAGUCUUUAUAUAUUGUUGAUUAUAGAAAUCUCUAACCUUGCUAUAUUUAGAAUAGAAUGAGGGAAAAUAAAGAUGCAUAGAAACAAA